AGUUUUCGGAACGAGCUGAGAGCUAUGUUUCCAACUACUAUUUUAAGACUAUAAUACGUCUUGCGUCACCUCCAUAAAUUGAGAUUUAAACAACUUAGGUAACCAAAACAAUUAAACGGUUUCACACCAUCAUCUACAGCUAGGACUCUCUUGAAGUGUCGUAAUUGUGUCUAAUACUGCUGUACCAUUGUUUAUGCUCGAUUUAAUUUUCAUAGGGGGGUACAUCACAAAAAAGCUGGCGUAGGCACGUUAAAUCUGGGGAUUGAGCUAAAUUAAAAUUAGAUUUUUGCCACGUGGUCUUUUGUCAAGCUUAAGUUCGGGAAACUGAAUCGUGAAUAAGUAUUCGAGAAGUCUAAAAAUAGUCUUUCUCUUUCAAAGUGUGACGCUGGGCAUCUAAUUUUCCGGGAGAACUUUCAGCUUAAGUUAUUGAUUAGUGGAUAUUUGUUUGAUUCGACACUGGUUCAAAAUCAGCAGGCUGAUGGGAAUAGCGUAUCGGUAAAAAUAGACCGAGAUGGAGAUGUAACAAGUGGCAGCGUGAUGUCGCUGUACUGGCUUUGAUGAGUGGUUGGACUUCCCUGGUCAAGGGCUGUUUUUGGGAUUUCGGCGCAUGGGAAAGAAACGCCAGUCAGCCGGGCGCUGGAUGCCGCGCAUAGCCCCGGAGUGGAGGCGGUCGCGCAUGUUUCUCACCUACAGAGUCAUCAGUCUGCGGCAAGAUUAUGGAGCUGCUGGGCCAGAACAACAUUGACCACGAUCAGAGACAGGUGGCCAUCCUCAGCCAGGACAGCUUCUACAGGGUGCUGACCCCAGAGCAGAAGGCCAAGGCAUCGAAGGGCCAGUUCAACUUUGACCAUCCAGACGCAUUUGACAAUGAGCUCAUCAAGGAGACCCUACAGGAAAUCCUGCAAGGGAAUGAAGUGCAGAUCCCGGUGUAUGACUUUGUCACCCAUUCCAGGAAGGACGAGUGUGUGACGAUUUACCCGGCGGAUGUGGUGCUGUUCGAGGGGAUCUUGACAUUCUACUCCAAGGACAUUCGGGACUUAUUUCAGAUGAAGCUCUUUGUGGACACGGACGCAGACACUCGCCUCUCCCGUAGAGUAUUGCGGGACAUCAGUGAGAGAGGUCGAGACCUGGAGCAGGUGUUGACACAGUAUAUCACCUUUGUCAAGCCCGCCUUCGAAGAGUUUUGCCUCCCGACAAAGAAGUACGCAGAUAUUAUCAUCCCACGUGGCGCACAUAACCUUGUGGCUAUAAACCUAAUUGUGCAGCACAUCCAGGACAUCUUGAACGGCGAACUGAGCAAGAGGCACAACGUCUUUGUCAACAGCUACAGCUCAUCUAAGAAGCCUAAGAUCUCAGAGUCCAACAGUCGGCCGCAUUGAACCAGCACGUGCCUCUUUCUGUUUGCUUUGUGUUAUAAGAUGAUAUCGAUCAGGAGACGUGCAAUCCCUGCCUGGCUUUUGUUGCUGUUUUUUGUAUUUGCUUGCCUAUAUGAUUCGUGCGCUGGAGCAGCCGGAAUUCAAGGCAGGACAUUUAGUGUUUCACCUACUGGUGUUUGCUGACGUGAGAAAAGUCAGGAGAAUGUCCUGGAUGGGUUUGGUGACCUUUCAUGUGGACCCAAUUUCUUUGGCCAAUAAUUGGUAAUUUUUACUGUGGCAGGAAGCAGGAGUAUACAUGAUUGGAAUGCAAUAAAUCUGAUAUCACAAUUGCCAGUUUGUUGGAAAGAAAUUGGAAGGAUGCUGCUGGAUCGUGAACAGUUGUUUUCAUUGUUGCUGGUAGUAAUGAUGCUGCUUAUUCAGUCCGACUGGUGCCAAUAUGGCUUCAACCUCUAAUAUUAACCAAAUACUUUAGUUUUACUCUUUCAUGUUGCUCUUGAAAUUCAGCAGCGCCUGAGAAACACAGAUUUUUAUCUCAUUUGCGGAAGACUGCAACAGUAUGAAGCAAAUCCCUCCCUUUUUUCACAUGCUAGUUCAUGUGGUGCUAGAAAAGGGAAUUGGGCCUAUGGAAUGAAGAAAGACACCUUUUCAUGAGUGGUAGUGUUGCUCUAGAUGGUAUUUGGAAAUGUGACGUCACCAGGAAUUUUGCCACUUAAACUCACUUUUGGACAGAUGUGACACUUUAGGAGUGGCGGCAGAUAAAAAUGAUCUGGAUCUGCAGAAGAGAGACAAACAAAUACUCCUUUCACUGAGUGCCUAGGAUGCCUUACAUCAUGUGUGCCUGCACUCAUGUACACAUCUGCAAGUGGCUUGGUUUUCUUAUUUUUGUAUAAGCUUGUUCCAUUUGGUAUUUGAACAUGAUAUCCAUCAUAUUUAGGGAAAUUUGCCAAAGCUGUAUAUUUUAGUGAAAAUUCAAAGACCGUCUGUGAUGAACAUUUUUCAUCAUUUAAAUGUAUUUUGUAUUUUGUUUUUCAGCUCCAAAAAAUCUGUAUUGAACUUACUUAUUGAGCAAUAAUUUAUAAUUAUUUUUACAUUUUACUUUAAGCAUGAUGUUGCUUGUUUCAAGAAAGGGCAUACUUCAUUUCAGUAUCAGGAGUGGACUUGUGAUACAAUAAACCUUAUUUAUCAUAAACAA